UAGUUCAAAAGAAAAUUUUUGCCGAAAAAUAAUUUUAAGAUUUAUUUUUUCCUUUUACCUCCCGUUUGCCAAACAUUGGAAAAUUAAACAAAACAAAAUAAAAACAGUUUUCAUUUAGUCUGUUCAAAAAUUGCCAUAAUUCAUUUCAACGCCUAACUCAAGCGGAAGGCAAAAUUGCGUGAAUAACUUCGCAUUUCAAAAUUUAACUAAAAUAUAUACAAAUUAUUCACAGUUUGUGUGGUCUACAUAUUGGCGAAUAAAAUUUUAUUAUUUUGCAUUGCGAAAGUGAAAUUUUGUACUCCAUUUUGGUUGAAAAAAAUUAUUGCCAUAUUUUAACUUCUUUUUCAAUAAAAAAUAAUUAAAUGUAAAACAUCUAUUGAAAAUGUACCAUGGACUCACCCGAACCGGUUAAGACGCAUUACGUCCGUUGUUUAAGAUGCCAGAAAAUUUUAGAGUGUUCUCGCUACGACACCAACGCUCUACUCGAACACAUACGCACCGAUCAUCCAGAAAUUGAAAUCGUUGAAAACGGCAGCAACGGCAACAGCGGCAUGCCACGCAACGGCCAUAAAAAACUGCGCGAGGCGGCUAACUGUAUAGUCGUGCCACAAGAAACAGCUGACGAUAAAGCCUCCCCACCUCAGCCGACAAUGUUCGAACCCUCCGCGGCCAGCCAGUCCGAGGAGUAUGGAAACUUUCAGCCGCGCUCUACUUCAUCCCGCGAACACAUGCACAUUCGCUCGCAGCGAGGUAUCUUUAAAAUGCCAGUUGACAGCCGUUCCAAACUCGAGAUGUCCAACUGUGAUCAGCGUGCCAAUGGCAGUAACGACACGGGUACGGCCUACACCCGACGCUACCAUGUAAAUAUGCCGCCCUCGCAGACCCACGAUGAGAAACCCAAUCGCAGUCUCUACCGCACCUCUAUCGAGAAAUGGCGUCCAGCAAAUGGCACCCUCUUUUGUCCGAAUUGCGGCGCCAAUCGACGCCCGUUGAUACGCACACAGACCGAACGCAGCUCCAGCAAUUCCUGUUGUGCAGUUUGUAUACUCGGCUGUUGGCCAUUCUGCUUUUUGCCCUUCCUGGUGCCCAGUGACAACAAGGAGUACCUACAUUGUUCCAACUGCAAGGCAUUCCUCGGACUUUAUGAUCGCGCCAAUAAUUGCGUGAGACCAAAUCGCGAGUUUUGUCAAGCUGAGGAGACGAUCAUUAAAGAAACAGACAUGCGCGCCGAGGGUGGGGAAGCUAAAGAAAAACGGAGAUGUCAAUGCAUUUAAAUCGCAUGAAAUAUUUAUUUUAAUGGCAUUUUAUUUAGUAAUUUGUGCAUCAUGCGUAG